GUGACGAGCACUUGGCGGCUCCAAUGAACACCCAGGAGUCCGGGUCGUGCCCAAUCAGGGCCCAGGCGGGGGAGACAGGGUAGGGUGCGCGCGGGCUGCGCGUGUGGCACACAGGGAACGCGCGGGAGCCUUCCUGCUGCCAGCCCUGAGCUGUCCGCCUAGCUGCGGUCCGCCCGCCCCGCAUCCCGGUCCCCGGCGCCCGCCGGAGGUCGCUGAGGAGUGAGACAACCUACUGAUCCGCGGCCCGAGCCCAGGAGCGCCCGGUGCAGCGGUCGCGGAGCCGUCCUGGCGUCUGCUGCCAUGACCCACUCUCCUCUCAGAGGAGACUCUUCCUCAGCGGUGGCUGCAGAGAGAGAUGAGCGGCGGCUCCUGGCCGCGGGACCGUAAGACGGGUUUGUGGUCGGCCAGUUAGGGUGACGCUGCGGACGACCGCCUGCGCCCUCCCGGGCUACUUCCUUGGGCCCCGGAGGCUUGUGGCGGGCCCCGCAGGAGGCGGCAUGUUCCCGCGGAGGCUGCUGGUCGCCUGGCUGGCGGGGGCGCGGGGCGGGGGCUUGUUGGCGCUGCUGGCCAAUCAGUGCCGCUUCGUCACGGGCCUGCGCGUGCGGCGCGCGCUGCAGAUCGCACAGCUCUACGGACGCCUGUACUCCGAGAGCUCCCGACGCGUCCUCCUCUCCCGCCUCUGGCGCCGGCUGCACGGCCGCCCUGGCCAUGCCUCUGCCUUGAUGGCGGCGCUCUCCGGCGUCUUCGUGUGGGAUGAGGAGAGGAUCCAGGAGGAGGAGUUGCAGAGAUCCAUUAAUGAGAUGAAGCGGUUAGAAGAAAUGUCAAAUAUGUUUCAGAGCUCUGGAGUCCAGUGCCACCCUCCAGAACCAAAAGCCCAAACAGAAGGGAAUGAAGAUUUGGAGGACAAAGAGCAACCUUGGGAAAUGGUGAUGGAUAAGAAACACUUUAAGCUGUGGCGGCGCCCAAUUACAGGCACCCACCUCUACCAGUACCGAGUUUUUGGAACCUACACAGAUGUGACACCUCGGCAGUUCUUCAAUGUUCAGCUAGACACAGAGUAUAGAAAAAAGUGGGAUGCCCUGGUGAUCAAGCUGGAGGUGAUUGAGAGAGAUGUGGUUAGUGGUUCUGAGGUUCUUCACUGGGUAACCCAUUUUCCUUAUCCAAUGUACUCACGGGAUUAUGUUUAUGUUCGGCGGUAUAAUGUGGAUCAGGAAAACAACAUGAUGGUGUUGGUGUCACGUGCUGUGGAGCAUCCGAGUGUGCCAGAGUCUCCAGAAUUUGUCAGGGUCAGAUCAUAUGAAUCCCAAAUGGUUAUCCGUCCACACAGGUCAUUUGAUGAGAAUGGCUUUGACUACUUACUGACAUACAGUGACAAUCCCCAAACAGUGUUUCCUCGCUACUGUGUUAGUUGGAUGGUUUCAAGUGGCAUGCCAGAUUUCCUGGAGAAGCUGCACAUGGCUACUCUGAAAGCCAAGAAUAUGGAGAUUAAAGUAAAGGACUACAUCUCGGCUAAGCCUCUGGAAAUGAGUAGUGAAGCCAAGGCCACCAGCCAGUCCUCUGAGCGAAAGAACGAGGGCAGUUGUGGCCCUGCUCGGAUUGAGUAUGCCUGACAGACUUUGGGAUAAUAAGGGACAGGCACUUCUGGCCCUGUCUUAGUCGUUUAUCACUGCUACAGGAUGGGGACAUGCCACAUGUAUUAGAAGGCAUCUGCUGUAACUUCCAGUGUAAGAAGAUAAUUCAGUAACUAAUGUCCCAUUUUAUUCAGAGCCCUGUUGCUCUUACCAGAAGAGAAGAAGGCUACAUUUGUGGGAGUGUUGUCAUAUUCUCAGGCCAACUAUUUUGAAAUUCGGUAUCUCACUGAGCGAAUCUGGAACAAACCUCUCACCUCAGGCCAGAAGGGGAUGACCUCCAUUUGCUUCUCUGAGUAGUUUCCUCUGUUGACAUUCCAAAUCCCAUCAAUUGUGCAGCGCUUUGGAUUUCCUUUAGUUCUACAGGUCCACCUGGAAAGUGUAGUUGGCCGGUUAAGUCUCUCAAAUGAGGGGCUACUGGGAGUACUCUUGGUAACAGUCUUGAUGUCAAUGGGUGUGAAUGAUACUUGGCUGUGUUAAGUGCCUUGUCUGCACCUUGCUUUUAUCUCUAGGGACAUGAAGUUGUUAUUAAUUUUUUUUUAAGUAGAGUUGGAGUCUCCUUAUGUUUCCCAGGCUGGUCUUGAA